GGCCGUUGCAGCUCGAGUCUUUCCGGAGGCUCGGUCUUCGGUUUCCCCUCGGCCAGAGUCGGCGCCGGUUGGAGGGGCUGGAACUUGGCGACACGGGCUUAGUCCCCGAGGCGCCGGGAGCGCCCCCCUGCCUCGCACCUCGAGCCCGGAGCCCGAGGCCCAUCCGCCGCUCCUCUCCCUGGCUCCUGGGCGCCCACUCUCCUUUCCCUCUCGGGCCGACGGGGUUUGUCCGAGGUCGCGCCUCCUCCGCCCCUGUCCCUUUGCCGUCGCGUGUCCCUCUGUGAGGCCGAGCCGGCGGCGGCCUCGGCUUUUCUGGAUCCGCAGGGCCAGGCUUCUGUCUGAAACCGGAAUCUGUGCCCUUGACUCCUGCGCUGUAUGCCAUCGCCUGUUGGUAACUGACCCCUGAGAACUCGCCGUUCACACCGCCCCUCGCGCCCAGCGGCCUUGCUUCCACCCGGGCACGUUCAUUCAGGCAGCAGAUGUGUAUCGAGUACCUGCUGUGUGCCAAGCGCUGUGCUAGGAGUGCGGGGGUGCGGGGACACAGUGGUAAACGGAGACAGUUCUGCUCGGGAAGGGGAUACAAACAAGGAACAAAUAUUAGCCAGCUCUAAGUGCGGGGAAGAAAGUAAGCAGUGUUGGGUGAUGGAAAACGGGAGAGACUAACUAGAAAGAAUGAUUAAGCCUAGAGAUCAAGCAGGACCGAAGGGUCAGCUGUGUGAAAAGUGCAGGGGGAGCAAGGCAGCCCAGAGCACCUCUGCGAUCCGGGAAUUGACCAGAGGCCAGUGUGAAUGGGGAGGGGGGUGCUAAGAGAAUUUGGAGGCGGCUGAGGCCAGUCCUGUAGGGCCUUCCAGACCAGUUCCAUCCAGAGUUCGGUGAGGCUGUGGGAGUCGGCGGUGUUCUAAGAGCUUUAUAGGGACAAACAGACUCAAUUAACGCUCAUAACAAGCCAACAAUCCACAGGGUGAGUUGCCAUCAUUAGCCCUGUUCUACAGAGAAGAAAGUGAGCCAAAGAGCUUAAUCAGCCUCAGGCCCCAUGGCUGCGCCUGGAUCUGUACCAGCACGGUGCUUCUGACCAAGUGUCUGUUGCGAUGGCACCUAGUAGGGGAGGGGGUGCUAGGAGGUUUGGACCCUCUUCAUACAGGCAGUUCAGUAGCGGCGGUGCCUAUCCCAGUAUCCCCCUCUCUUCUCCCUUACCCGGCGUACCCAAGCCUGUUUUUGCUACAGUUGAUGGACAGGAAAAGUUUGAAACCAAAGUUACCACCCUGGAUAACGGGCUUCGUGUGGCAUCCCAAAAUAAGUUUGGGCAGUUUUGUACCGUAGGAAUUCUUAUUAAUUCAGGAUCAAGAUAUGAAGCAAAAUAUCUGAGCGGAAUUGCUCACUUUCUGGAGAAAUUGGCAUUUUCGUCUACUGCUCGAUUUGGCAGCAAGGAUGAAAUUCUGCUCACCUUGGAGAAGCAUGGGGGUAUCUGUGACUGCCAGACGUCAAGGGAUACCACCAUGUAUGCGGUGUCUGCUGACACCAAGGGCUUGGACACUGUAGUGGGCUUGCUGGCAGACGUGGUCCUGCAGCCUAGGUUGACAGAUGAAGAGCUGGAGAUGACGCGGAUGGCUGUGCAGUUUGAGCUGGAGGACCUCAACAGGAGGCCGGACCCAGAGCCGCUGCUCACCGAGAUGAUUCACGAAGCUGCUUACCGGGAAAACACAGUGGGCCUGCACCGCUUCUGUCCCCCAGAAAAUAUCGCACAGAUCGACCAGCAGGUCUUGCACUCCUACCUGCGGGACUACUACACGCCUGACCGCAUGGUGCUGGCUGGGGUGGGCAUCGAGCACCAGCGUCUGGUCGACUGUGCCCAGAAAUACCUCCUGGGCACCCGGCCGGCUUGGGGGGACAAGAAGGCUGUGGACGUUGAUAGAUCGGUGGCGCAGUACACUGGGGGCAUCGUCAAGCUGGAACGAGACAUGUCCAAUGCCAGCCUGGGCCCCACCCCGAUCCCGGAGCUCACGCACGUCAUGGUGGGCUUGGAGAGCUGCUCCUUUCUGGAGGAAGAUUUCAUCCCUUUCGCGGUGCUCAACAUGAUGAUGGGAGGGGGCGGCUCCUUCUCAGCUGGCGGGCCUGGGAAGGGCAUGUUCACCAGGCUCUACCUCAACGUGCUCAACAGGCACCACUGGAUGUACAACGCCACGUCCUAUCACCACAGCUAUGAGGACACGGGCCUCCUGUGCAUCCAUGCCAGUGCCGACCCUCGACAGGUUCGAGAAAUGGUGGAGAUCAUCACGAAGGAAUUUAUCUUAAUGGGCGGAGCUGUGGACGUGGUGGAGCUGGAGCGAGCCAAGACACAGCUGACGUCCAUGCUCAUGAUGAACCUGGAGUCCCGGCCUGUGAUCUUCGAGGACGUUGGGAGGCAGGUGCUGGCGACCCAGGCCAGAAAGCUGCCCCACGAGCUGUGUGCCCUGAUCAGUAAUGUGACGGCAGAGGACAUCAAGAGAGUGGCUUCUAAGAUGCUCCGCGGGAAGCCCGCUGUGGCCGCGCUGGGCGACCUGAGCGACCUGCCAACAUACGAGCACAUCCAGGCGGCCCUGUCCAGCCGCGACGGGCGCCUGCCGAGGAUGUACCGGCUCUUCCGGUAGCAGCCCCGAGGUGGCAGGUCUGCGGGCAGCAGAGCGUGUCACCGCCUUGUACGGGGUGUUGGUUUAGCGUAGAUGCCAUCUGAGUUCACAGAUGGUGUGAACCGUGGGCUGCGCUCACAAAUCAAAGCUCAUUUCCCGUCGUCCACUGCCCAUCUCGGAAACUGGAGCCUGCUCCCCGCUUUCCACCACUGCUCGGCUCUCGGAAACUAGAGCCCGCUUCCCGUCGCCCACCACCACCUGGCUCUCGGAAACCAGGGCCUACUUCUUGUCAUCCACCACAGCUCAGCCCUCGGAAACCAGGCCCUGCUUCCCGCUGUCCAUCACCGCCCAGCUCGUGCCUUCGUUUUAUCACUGACUGCCAACCGCACUCCAAGCUGGAAACAGAGCAGAAAGGUUAAAAACCACGUCCCGUCACAAAGCCAGGUCGGCGCCAUUCGUGAGUGAGCGCAACUCACUGCAGAGGCAAGGGCUUUGCUGGAACCCUCUCCCGGUUUCCUGGGGCUGGGCCCCACCCACUGAGUCACGUAUGGCCUUGUGACUGGGUUUUCUGGGAUGCUCGGUGAGACGCACGAGGCAGGAGCUGCCGGGUGGCCUCGUGGAGCACGGUUACGGCUGGCGUGUGUGGAUACAGAGUGAGGUGCAAUCGUCACCCCUCCCCAGCGCUGUCCUGGACAGCAGAGGCUCGGCCGGGGAGCAAGGCCUUCUCCGCUGAGAAGUGUCUGGCCCAGUGUUGCCUCCUAUCCUGUCUUCUUGUUGUGACAGGCACUCGGAUUCCAGAGGCUGCAGGGUGGGAGGCUGCUCAGGAUGGAUGAAUGGGUGGUAGUUGAAGUGCUGACGGGUGGUGGCAGCCAAGCCCGGAAACAUUUAGAGACGGAGACGCUUUUGAGAGCUACAGGUUUGCAUAUGUGAUGUCAGGUCCUGGGAGCGCCGAGCGCCUUGAGUAACGGAGGGGCACGUUGACAUCUUUUUUGGGGCGUGGUGGUCAGUGGUUUUCAAGCUCACCUAUGCCCAGAACCCCCGGAGCUUCAUGUAGACCUGGGGCUGUGAGCCCGCACCCACUCUGAGGGCAGGCUGGUGGCCCCAGCGGAUUUUGGGGUUACCAGCUCCAGGGCCUGAGGAGCCGAGAAAUGGGGUCAGCCACGGGGACGGUGAGGCAUGUGUGAGAAUAAACAUCACUUUUUUAACCUGUUCA